UAGCUGGGCUGGGAUCCGGAAGUCCGGGCGGAGCCUAGCCGCGCGGUCGUCGUUAGGCAGCGUUGUGCUUCUAUAGCAGCUCUCGGAGGUCCCUGCCGGAAGUGUAGGAAGAAAGUGGCAGAUUUGAACGUUUCUCUUUGCAAGCUUGUCUGAUCAUCAUGAUGAAGCUUAGACACAAAAACAAAAAACCAGGUAAAGGUUCCAAAGGCUGUAAGAAGCCUGCAAGGCAGAAUGGGAAGAAAGUAACAUCCAGACCAUCAUCUGCUCCCCAGUUGGUUCAUGGCAAUGAUCACGCCAGUCGGGAGGCUGAGUUAAAGAAGAAAAGGGUUGAGGAGAUGAGGGAGAAGCAGCAGGUUGCCCGGGAGCAAGAGAGACAAAGACACAGGACCAUGGAGAGCUAUUGCCAGGAUGUCCUGAAACGUCAGGAGGAGUUUGAGCACAAGGAGGAAGUUUUGCAGGAAUUAAAUAUGUUUCCUCAGUUGGAUGAUGAGGCUACACGGAAGGCCUAUUACAAGGAGUUUCGUAAGGUAGUAGAGUACUCUGAUGUGAUUCUGGAAGUCUUGGAUGCCAGAGACCCAUUGGGCUGCCGCUGUUUCCAGAUGGAGGAGACUGUCCUUCGAGCAGAAGGCAACAAGAAGCUGGUCUUGGUCUUGAAUAAGAUUGACCUGGUUCCCAAGGAGAUUGUGGAAAAAUGGCUGGAGUACCUUCAGAAUGAGUUGCCAACCGUGGCUUUCAAAGCCAGCACCCAGCAUCAGAUGAAAAACUUGACUCGGUGUAAAGUUCCAGUGGACCAGGCUUCUGAGUCACUGUUGAAAAGCAAAGCCUGUUUUGGAGCUGAAAACCUCAUGAGGGUCCUGGGGAACUAUUGCCGCCUGGGGGAAGUGCGUACCCACAUUCGAGUGGGGGUUGUCGGCCUUCCCAAUGUGGGAAAGAGCAGUCUGAUCAAUAGCCUGAAGCGCAGCCGUGCGUGUAGUGUGGGAGCUGUUCCUGGUGUCACAAAAUUCAUGCAGGAGGUCUACUUAGACAAGUUCAUCAGGCUGCUAGAUGCUCCAGGCAUUGUCCCAGGACCCAAUUCAGAGGUGGGCACCAUCCUGCGUAAUUGCGUCCAUGUGCAGAAGCUGGCAGAUCCUGUGACCCCGGUGGAGACCAUCCUUCAGCGCUGCAACCUGGAGGAGAUUUCCAACUACUAUGGUGUCUCUGGAUUCCAGACUACUGAGCACUUUUUGACUGCAGUGGCCCACCGCUUGGGAAAGAAGAAGAAGGGAGGUGUAUAUAGUCAAGAGCAGGCUGCCAAAGCUGUCCUGGCUGACUGGGUGAGUGGGAAGAUCAGCUUCUAUACCCCACCACCACCUACUCACACUCUGCCCACCCAUCUCAGUGCCGAGAUUGUUAAGGAGAUGACUGAGGUCUUUGAUAUCGAAGAUACUGAACAUGCCAAUGAAGACACCAUGGAAUGCUUGGCCGUGGGAGAAUCCGAUGAGCUUUUGGGUGACAUGGACCCACAAGAAAUGGAGGUCAAGUGGCUCCAUUCUCCGCUGGUGAAAAUAGCAGAUGCCAUUGAAGAUAAAACCACCGUAUAUAAGAUUGGAAACCUCACUGGGUAUUGUACCAAACCAAACCGUCAACAGAUGGGGUGGCCUAAACGCAAUGUGGACCACCAUUGCCCCCAAAACAAUCGUAUAGUGGAAGUCAGUUCAGUGGAUCGCCGCCCGAUGUUGCAGAGGAUCCUGGAGACAGACCCACUUCAACAAGGCCAGGCUCUGGCAUCUGCCUUGAAGAAUAAGAAAAAAUUGCAGAAGCGUUCAGAUAAAAUCGCCAAUAAGUUGUCGGAUUCCAUGAUGUCAAUCCUCGACCUCUCUGGCAACAGCGACGACACCGCUGGAGACUGAUGAGCUGAUCUUCCCCUCACACUGCAAACACUGUUUCCUACGGGAUGGGAGACGACAGGUGUCGUUCCAUUCUCCCUGAUGUACCUACAUAGUAGAAGAACACCUCCCACACCAUGUAUCUUGUGCCACAGUGCCCUCCAUUCUCCUCAGUUAAGAGUCUUAAAGGUCUGGAACUGCCAAUCCCCAAUACCCACUAUUUAAUUCUUGCUGUCUUGGAAAAUGACUUUUUGUUUGUUUUUGUGGUGCCAAGGAUUGAACCUAAUAGGUCGUCACACAUGUUAGACAAACAAUCUAUUGCCAAGCUGUAUUAUUAUUAUCGUUAUCACCAUCUCUUAUUGUCAUUGGAGAAAGAGCCUUGCUUUGGAUCCCACUUUGCUUACUCAGCCUCCCUCCCGAGUAGUGGAUUACAUGCUUCUGUCACCACUCCCAGCUCCCACUGUGUUUUACAAGGUAAAAUAUCCGCAGAGUCUUGGCAUGGUAGCUACAUACCUGAAAUCCUGACACUUGGGAGACUGGAACUAGGAGAAUUGCAAGUUACAGGACAGCCUGGACUAUCUGGCAAGACCCUUUCUCAAUAAAGCAAACAACCCAAAACAAGUAAGAGUCCGGGCAGUGGUGGCGCACGCCUUUAAUCCCAGCACUCAGGAGGCAGAGGCAGGCGGAUCUCUGAGUUCUAGGUUAGCCUGGUCCAGGACUACAGGGAGAAACUCUGUCUCGAAAAACAAAUAAUAAAUAAAUAAAUGAAACUGUAAUUAUUAAAAAAUACAAAUAAGCAAAGUCCAAGUGUUAGCAAUGUAACCUGUACUCUCAGUUCCUGUGUCCUACCCUGUGGGUUAGGCUGAUAAGGGUUGACCUCUUAGGGAAGGUCAAUCUUCUAAAGGAUGGACUGCUGAGAAACCUGGUGGUGGCGGUGGUGGUGGUGGGUUGUCCCCGGAUGGGUGAUCCUUUCUGUUUUUAUCACCCCACAAGAUCUCAGUGCCUAGGCAUCCCUAAGGCUCUUGGCUACGCAUUUUCCAAAUUAAUAGGUAGGUCCUCAUCUGGGUAGCGUAGGAGUAGAGAAGCACAGUGGUGAGUCUUCUAUGAUUCUGGAAGUGUCUGGGGAUAGGGAAAAGGGUUGAAGAUUCUAGAAGGGGUAUAGAUACCCUAUCAUAGUGAGUUGGAAAGCCAUUGGCUGCAGGAUGUUCAGGGAAUGCAGCCCUUACCCAUGUUUUUCAGAGUUAGAUACUGGCUGAGCAUAAACUACCAGUCUCUGAGAAUCAGUUAGCUCCUUUAACUUGCAGCGCAUCCCUACCAGGAAGGGAUAAGGCUCAGAAAGCUGACUGCAUGUGCUCACACCAACAUUAAAUGGCGGUGUGCUGGGUUUAAAAGGAGUGUAAUUAAAAUCCUGUGCUAACCUUUUCUGCUGUAUUAUAUUGCCUUCUCAACAUAGGAACACUGGUCAGGCAUCUACUCUGUGGUAUUGUCUGUUGUCAAAACUUCUACUCUGCUUUUAAAAACUGGUAACAUUUUAUGAAAACUGCUUUCCAAGUCUCUUUAAAUGGUGUUCAACUUAGUUUACUGAUUUCAUUGAAGUUUUGGUAGAUAAUAAUAUAUUAGAAAUAAAAGCAUCUAGACCCUUGGGAACACAAUCUAUCCAAAAUAAAAUAGAACUAAAAUAAUCGUGCCAGGAUAAGAAUUUUGGACUCUGACCAGGUGGGUGGCUCACACCAGUAAUCCCAACACUGAGGAUGCUGAGGCAGGAAGAUGGCUGUGAGUCUGAGUCCAGCCUGGACUGCAGAGUAAGAGACUGUCUCAAAGCAAACCAAAAUAACGAUAUUCUAACUCUGUUGUAUCUUAUGGGAGUGUGUGUGUGUGUGUGUGUGUGUGUGUGUGUGUGUGUGUGUGUGUGUGUACAUGCAUGCAGAGGGUUUUCCCCAUGUAACCCAGGAUGGUCUUAAACUCCAGAGCCUUCUGGUCAGCUUCCCAAGUGCUGGGUUUACAGGGGUUUGCCAUCAUGCCUGGUUGUGUCUUAACUCUUAAAGCAAUUUCUUGGAUCUUUAGUCUCACUUUAAAAAAUAAUUUUUCUACAAUAAAUUUCACCCUUUAUAAUCUUAAGUUCUAUAAGUUUGGAUACUUGUUAAUAGGGGUGGUCUGCCACCAUUAUCAAGAUACAGAAUUUUUAGUCAGGCAGUGGUGGUACAUGCCUCUGAUCUCAGCACUUGGGAGGCAGAGGCAGGUGGAUCUCUGAGUUCAAGGCCAGCCUGGUCUACAAAAUGAGUUCCUGGACAGCCAGAACUGUUACAUAGAGAAACCAUGUCUUGGAAAACAAACAAACAAAAACCAACAAUAACAGAAAAAAAGUAUACAGAAUUGUUGUGGCGUUCCCCCCAAACUUACCAUGUCUCCUUGUAAUAUAGCCUGCCCCCAUGCUCAGAUACUGUUCCUUAGAAUGGAUGUCAUAAGUCACACAGGGGCUUACUUUAUGCCAUUAAGCUUUUAGCUUUGUACUUUGAAACUUUACAUUCGAGUAAAAUACAGUUGCAUCAGCACUGAUAACUGGAUAAAUAAAGAGGAGUAACCGUGAACACAAGAGCAGAAAGAUUCUGUUAGCCUCCCCAGCCAUCUCAUGCUGUGAUAGUCAAAUCCAGUUCUCUAGACCCAGCCCAUGGCAAUCACUGACGUGUGCUUUCACCAUCUGCUUUAUCUCUUGAAAAGAGUUGUAAGUGGAAUUUAACAGUAUGUAACUUGUGAGUAUAACUUGCUGUGAAUUUUAGAUUUGAGAUCCGUAUUACUGGGUGUAUCAAUAGUUCUGACUUCUAUUUCAUACUCCAUUGUGUGGAUGUACUGCUGCUUAUUCAAUCCCAAGUUGGAAGACAUUCUUUACAGUUGAGGAGGAAGUUAUGAAUAAAGCUGCUAUAAGAACUUG